UGUGCGGUGUUUGCACGAUUAGGUUACGCGCUGCUCGACGCGAAAUGACGUUUCUCGCGUGUAAAUAUCGCUCGUCGUGAGAGUCUCUCCUCGAGGAUGAGCCGCGCGUGAUCCACGUAGCUCGCUGUUCUCGUAGCCGCGCUCAAGAGAGAGAAAGAGAGAGAAAGAAAAAAAGAGAGAGAGAGAGAUAGACACCAGGAAGGACUAAAUCAGACUAAAGACUAGGGAGAGACAGUGGUGCGAGCUCUCUCUCUCUCACACACAACGACGUCUCCGCGAAGGAUCCCGCGCGCAAGCCUUGACAAGCAAGACUCCGUGCGUGCGUGCAUUAAAGUGAGACUAUGAACGAUUAUUACCGCCUCAGAUAUGACAUUAAGUGACGCCAGUAAUCAGAAAUUACAAUGAUUGGUGCGGCCUGUAGUUUGGAAGAUGCGUGUCAGCAGGCUCAGGAUAUGAUUAAUCAAGUACCCAGAUCUUGGAAAAAUGCGAUAGGUCCAGAUUCUUGCUUAAUAUCGAAUAAAUCAUUGCCCUCACAGAAGAAAGAGCAGAGUCACUCCAGGCACAGCAUCCAGUCCAAACUCACCAGACUCUACUUUGAAGAACUCUCCAAGGUUCCUCAUGCAACCCCAGAUUCCGUUCUGAACAAUCUUGAGAAUGAGUGCGACCUUUUGGGGCGAUUAGUGCAACGAGAAGGUUUACAUACAUUAAUUGUUAAUCUCUAUGCUGGUAAUAAAGGAUACUCAUUAGCUGUAAGAAAUAGUGAUAAGGGGAAUCAGUAUGAUAAAAAUUCAUUACUAGCCGAGACUCAACUCAUGGGUUACGAACAGGGUGAACUACUUUCGUGCAUAGAUAAUGGUCAACUGCCGGCGAUGUUAGCCGAACAAUUAGAAUCCAAUUAUUCACAUUUAUUUUACGAUGGUUGCAUAAUCGCUGAGGUCCGAGAUUAUCGAAAGUCAUUCUCUCAUAACAGAGCCGAAGUUCAUCAUGUACUUCUUAAACCUACGACACAGAGCGUACUUUCGGAUGUGUCGACGCUUACAAGUGACGGAGAUUGGAGCCACGAGGAGCGGUUAAUGUUAGAAUCACAUAUAGUGGCAGCUACUCAAGGACCUUUAUGCUUAGAUCCGAAUCCUAUUCCCACCUUAGCUAGUACAAGAAUUAAACAAUCUAAAUCACUACUUACCGAUUAUCAGCUCAUGCGACAAGCCAAAAAGUUCUCUCAGGUCACAGUGACGAAAAGAAAAUUGGAACAGUUAGCCCAGUCGGAAGGACAAACGAUGCAGGAGUUAAUGCAGAAAUACCGUUCGAAAAGAAGAGGAUUAGCGACAAGCACUGCCUGCCCACCGCCUUUUCUCAGCCCUCCUCUGCUUCCACCAUCUUCAGCAAUCGAAGUUUUAAGAUAUGCAAAAGCAUACGAACGGCAAGAAACGAUAGACUGUACGCCACAAGUUAUAGAAGAGUAUAUAUUAGAACCUGCGGAAAGUCAAGAUUACAUAAAGCUCUCGAUCCUUCAAAGACCUGCUACUUCCGAGUGCCUUGGAGAACUUUAUAUGGAUAAAAAUCAUCGUGACGGAAAAAAGAAUGGUUCUUCUUGCCGGUUUACAUUAGGAACCAGAACCAUAGCGAAUCAUUACUAUCAGCAGUUUAAAGAAAUAUUCACAGAGGAGGGUAGGAAGAAUGUGAGAAUAAGACAUAUUAUACCAGGAGCUGUACCAGGACAGACUCGUAUUACAUGUACACCUAGCAUGCAGCGAGCACAUCAGCAGGCGCAACAAGCGAAAUUAGCGGCUCGACAAUUUCAGCAAAUUCAAUCGCAACAGAUGGCACAGCAGCAAAUCCGCUCGCCGCUUCAGAUGCUAUCGCGGGCCCAGCAAGGACAACUGAAUACUCUGACCGGUCAGGUGGCCUCGAUGAAAACUAUGACGGAAGCCAGCACCUCUGUACAAAAUAAUCUCUGCGUAGACUCUGCAAAUAUGCCGCAAGUUAUUCCUCAGAACGAUGCCACCGUAUUGAGUUCAGGCCAGUCUUUGGCCAACGGUGGCCCCAACGCGUCCACCUCCGUGCAGGUCGAUAAUUCUUCUACGAUAGCAGUAGCUGACAACGCUUGUAACGGCUCCGGCAUCCUGGUUUUUCAACAAAAAUCGAGUGGUACUAUUAAUAACGCGACAUCCACUAAUGUUCCGGUCUUGCAAGCGCAAUUGCAAGCAGGGACACAGAAUUGUAUAAGUGAAACUGCCAAUCAGAACCAAAAUGAGCCGCCGUUCAAGAAACACUCGACUAAUCCGGCAAUAUGUGCCCUCGUCACUUCCCUCAUGAAUUCCGCGAAUCAGUUCCAACAACAAGCCGCAGCCAAUGCAGCAGCCGCAGCUAUGAACAACAACAAUGCGCAAGCUACAAAUAAGUCCAGCAACGCCACGAUCCUUAAUUUAUUAAAUAGUCCUACAAAUUUGGCUCAACAGAAAGUUCAACCGCGAAAGAUUUCUCUCAAUGCUUCCAUCCCAUCCAGAGUUUUUAGUCAGGGCAAUGUGAUCAACGUACCUAGCACUACGGGUCAGGUACGCGUGAGUUUGAAUUCCGCUUUAACCGGACAGCUAGGGUGCAAGCAACAAUCUAUGAAGACGACCACCGUGAGACUCGCGCGAGUGCAAGAUUCCACGUCUACGCUUGGCUUAUCAAUGCCGGGACUUUCGGCCAUGCUUGCUGGCACGCCGUCGGCAGACAAUCCGAUACCCGGGAUGAAUUCGGCUUCGUCCCUGCUUGAGCGGCUCAACGCCUCUUCCAGUCAGAGCAGUCAACCAGCAAGUCCGAUGACCAGUCCGUCACCGACUAAUGUGAAUCUACAAGGCGUGAACCUCACUAGUCUGCCGAACUCCAUCAACGGCCUGCAAAACGUUCAGGUAUCGUUUUCGAGUUUGUCGCAACCCAUCACGAUGUCAUUUCCGAGCUCUGCGGGGCACCGUCACCCUGUCCUCGUCUCCCUGCCUAUCUCGUCCGCUACAAAU